UAUAUAGACUUUUGUGAGAAAAAAACCCAAUCUUUGGACACAUGCCAAGUUUUCUGUCUCCAUUAUCCAUCUCCCAAUUACCAGUAAUAAUUUCGAUAUUAAAAAGGUUGCCUUUUUAUUUUACCCAUCUGGAUUUUGCCCUGUAUUUAAUACUUGCAUGUAGUACUACUUUUUUCUUUUUUUCUUUGGGUCUUGUUCACCUGUAACCAUCAAUUAUUUAUUUAAUUAAAAGUAUUUUUUAAUUAAUUUUCCCAAUCUGGGUUUCCUCGGAAAAUAAUUCAUUGGUGGCUGUUCCAUUUGCCUGGAAAUUCACUAAAAAUAAUACCACCCCACCUUCAUUUUUAGUCCCAAACCUUCCUUCUGGAUUUGUGGGCUGAGCUUUUCCCCACUGUGGUGCCUGUUUGUUCCCCAAGAUUCAACCUUUCUUCCUUCCUUCCUUCCUUCCUUCUAUUUUUUAUUUUCUUGAUUUUUUUUAAUUUAAUUAAUUAUAUUUUUGCAAUGCCCUUUUAGUGACAAGACAAAGAUUCAUCUUGUAGCUGUAGCUAGCUCUGAUUUCUUAGUCUUUGCAACAGUCAAUAAGCGCUUCUGAUCUGCUUGUUCCAAACCCCUGUGUGUGUGUGUGUGUGUUUUCUUGCUUUUUUUUUUUUUUUUUCCAAGAAUUCAUAUUUACAGCAAGAAUCUUGAAAGAUUUUUGCAUCUGGGUGUUUUUUCUUUCUCCCAGAAAGUGAUGCAUAAGGAGAAAAACCCUCAUAAAAAUGGCAACUUUAACCCCAGGAGUUUUGCUAAAGCUACUGCAGCACAUGAACACAGAUGUGAAAGUUGCAGGGGAGCACCGCUCAUCUCUACUUCAAGUAGUAAGCAUUGUCCCUGCACUAGCUGGCGGUGAACUCUUCCCAAACCAAGGGUUUUACCUCAAGGUAUCCGAUUCUUCACACGCCACCUAUGUUUCAUUACCCGAUGAGCACGAUGACCUAAUCCUUAGUGACAAGAUUCAAUUGGGUCAAUUCAUACAUGUCGAAAAACUCGAAGCCGCCUCCCCGGUGCCUUAUCUUCGAGGGGUUAGGCCAAUCCCGGGCCGCCACCCUUGUAUGGGUACCCCUGAGGAUAUAGUUGCCACCCAUUCUUUAAAUUUCCUCAACAACAAUGCUAAUCCGUCUUCGAAUUCCAAAUCGAAAUCGGCUUCGAAAUCGAGCAAUUUAGCAUCGGUGAAGGCUUCUUCGAGAUUGAAUAAUAGUGGUGGUGGUUCGAAUUCGAAAGAUGAUAGAGUAGUGGUGGAUAAUAAGAAGGCUGCUCCUGGAUUGACUAGAUCCAAGUCGCAGCUUUCGAAGCUGGCUUUGUCUGUGGAUGUGAAGAGGGAAUCUUCCGGAAAGUUGAAGUCUUCGGGGUCUAGGUCGAUACCUUCUUCUCCGACUAGUUGCUAUUCGUUGCCGAUUUCUUUUGAUAAGUUUGCGAAUGGUGUUAAGCAGCAGGCGAAGAUUAAGGGUUUGGAGAGAUUGGAGAAGGCAACCGGUAAAGAAAAACCGAGCCCUGUUCGUGGGUCCAGCCCGAUUGGAAAGAAGGUUCCGAAUGGGAAUUUGAUGAAGAAUAUUAUUGGUCAUGGACUUGAAUUAGGCCCUAAAGCAUUGAGAAAGAGCUGGGAAGGGAAUAUGGAUGCCAAGAGUAGGGAAAGUCCGAGAUUGAAGUUUAAUAAGCCGGAUUUGAAGCCCGACGAACGAAGCAAUUCUGCACCGAGGAAAUCGAUAAGCGAAAGGUUGCCCCCGAAGGAAGAUAAUAAGAUGUCUUCAAAGUCUGCAAGAGAAGAAAGUAGUAAGGUGAAUCCAUCGGUGAAGAAAGCUUCUUCUGUAAAUGGAGAUGCGCCCGAUAUUGCUAAUAAAUCAGCCGCACGAAGUUUUCUUGGAAAGAAGUCGCCUGGAGAGGUUGCUAAUGGACUUCCAGGAAAUUUGGUCAAGGUUUCUUUCAAUAAUCGGAGAUUAUCGGAUGCUAGUGUUUCGUGGGGGUCCCUUCCAUCUUCGCUCGCAAAGCUCGGGAAGGAAGUGUUGAAGCACAGAGAUGCUGCACAGACGGCUGCUGUAGAAGCAAUGCAAGAAGCUUCCACUGCAGAAACUCUGCUUCGAUGUUUAAGUACGUAUUCCGAGUUGAGUUCAUCAGCAAGAGAAGACAACCCGCACCCUACCGUCGAGCAGUUCUUGUCUCUACACGCAAGCUUGAAUAAAGCCCAUUUAGUGGCAGAUUCCUUAUCGAAGAUUCUCUCCACCGAUUCUUCAGACAACGAAGAAAAUCCAUCAGAAGAAGCAUUAAAGGUCACAUCAGAAAGCCGUAAACAGGCCGCUUCUUGGGUUAGUGCUGCAUUAGCCACCAAUUUAUCCUCCUUCACAGCGUACACCAAACCAGGCCCGAAGACAAUCACACCCAAUCAACCCGUAAUAGUCCUCGAUAACAACUCAACCAAGAACGGCACAGCUCCAAAAACCCUAACAAAACCCCGUCAAACGGUAAAUUCCAAAAAUUCCCUUAAGAGGCCGAACGAGGGCCCGAGUGUGAGAAAUUCGCCCCCGAUAGAAUGGGCUAAAGGAGACGGGCUCGAGGAGGCAGUUGAGCUCUCCGAAAUGCUCCGUAUGGAGUCACAAGAUUGGUUUCUGGGGUUUGUCGAGAGAUUCUUGGAUGCUGACGUGGACACUACUUCAUUGUCGGAUAACGGCCAAAUAGCUGGCAUGCUGAGUCAGCUCAAGAGCGUGAAUGAUUGGUUGGACGAGAUUGGAUCUUCUUGCAAGGAUGAAGAGGAAACGACGCAGCAUAUAUCUACGGAGACUAUUGAUCGGAUAAGGAAGAAGAUUUACGAGUAUCUUCUCACGCACGUGGAAUCUGCUGCUGCUGCACUUGGGAGCAGCACACAGCUGUCUCCCACAAUCGAUCCGAAAGCGAGGAGGUGAUUAUACUGAAAGUGUGAUUUUUUACUUUUGCAUAUGCCCGGGGCAAAAUAUAUAUGUAUUGUGUAUGUAUUUUUUAUACUGCCAAGCAGUUAUUGAAGGAGCUGAUACAUACUAUAUUUGCUGUAUAUAAUUUUUUUAGAGCAGUAAGGUAUAGAUUUGAGUAGGGCACAUUUGAACUGGAGCUCUGGCAUUGAUGUGAAGUUCAAGAUUUGUUCAUCUCAUUUUUUUUUCGGAACAGUUUUCUUUUUUAUGAUAGAUUGGAAUCGGGUUUUUUUUUUUU